AUGUGUGAUCCCUGUGGAAUGCCGUGUUGUGAUCCAUGUGAUCCCUGUUGUGCUGGCCCCUACAAUGAGCGUUCGCCUCAAUGUUAUUCUGGUGCUGAAUUAGAUGCUUUACCACAAUGUGCUCCAAGAUGUCCACCACCAAGGCCCAAAUGUAUAACAAUACAACAGCCACCACGUUUAGUGUGUAAAAAACGCAUUGUAUUUAUUAAUAAAACUAUACCAGAACCAAUGGUUGUUAAUCGUUGCAAACAAAUAACAAUACCAAAAGUUGUUGAAACAACUAAAGUUAUUAAGGUACCGAAAUUAACAUGGGUGUCACAAUUGAUUAAGGAACCUCGUAUUGUAUAUUAUCCUUCGAUGAUACCAGAUCCAUAUGUUGUUUGUUGUCCACGAAAAAUUUGUGAACCAAGAGAAAUAUGUCAAAUGAUAUUGUGUCAACCGAAGCCUCAAGUAAUAGAUGUACCACCACCACCAGAAUAUUGUUGCUAUCCAACGGGUCCAACAAGAUAUAAACCAAGCAUACCGUGUACACCAUGUCCAAUAAGUAAAUGUGAUCCAUGUGGACCAAUGCAAUGUUACCCAGCUGGACCAUUUGGUCCUUAUUCACCUUGUAGUCCAUGCAGUCCAGUAUCUGGAACAAAUGCAGUUUGCGGACCGUAUUCAUCUAGCAGAGCACUUACACCUUGUGGUCCGACAACCGAUUUACCCUGUGGCCCUUAUAUACCAUGUGGUCCAUUUAGUCCUACUCGUUCCUGUGGACCAUAUAAUUUGACUAGAAGUAAUCCAUAUGGACCAACUUUAGGUGGACCAUGUGGUCCAUAUCCUACACCCUGUGGGCCAUUUCCCACUUCUUUACCAAGUUGUAAUCCUUUACCACCUUUUAUUUCUUGUCCACCUUUAUCGGGUUGUCCACCUUGUUGCUAG